CGUUCUGUCAACCCAGUCAAAACAGAGAUCUAGAUUCAAGCAGGUUAAUAAAGUGUCAAAAUAAAGGAAAGUUUCUGGAGUGGAUUAGCCAGUUCUGUGUUUUGAAUUACCGAACGCCCCCGCGAUCAAGGUGACGAACUUAAGAAAAUAUUAACUUUGAAACGUAAAUGAAAGCCCACCAAAAAAUCAACGCAAUCGGUAAAUUAGCGAAGAAUACAUUUUAUGGAAAAAAAUUGAUCGAAAGUCACGCUCAGCAUGAAUCCAGAGUCAAGGAAUUAUCAUCGUCCUUACAGGAUAGGGAAGAUAAAAAGAUUAAGCGAAGACGGUUGUUGGGACCGUCUGAAUUUUGGGGUGAAUAUUGGAGGCAGCAAGAAGCAUUGCUUGUGGCCGAUCAAGGGAGUUCAAACUCCAUGCAUACCUUUGUUUUGCAAUAUGAUCAGGGAUAUAGGAAAUUCAUUGUAGCGCACCCAGAAAUCUACUGGCUUGUCGAUGAAUCCAGACCCAAGGAGGAGAGAUGUUCGUACGAGGUUAUUCCGGAUGGCUCUCCUUGCCACCUGUAUUUUGAUUUGGAAUUCACCAAGGAUUUGAACCCGACAAGCGAUGGCUCAAAAAUGACGAAAACCCUGAUUGAUGUAUUUUGCGCAUAUUUUUUGGAACACUGGGGUUUCCCUUGCAGAAGAUCGGAUGUUCUCAGUCUGGACUCAACUACCGACGUUAAAUUCAGCCGGCAUUUAGUCUUCCACGUGAAAAAUGUUAUGUUCAAGAAUAACAAACAUACAGGACGGUUUGUUAAAGCCAUAUGCUCUAGUAUUCGACAAAGUCUUUUGGUAGAUAAUACCAAACGAUCCUCUGCUGAUAAUAUUUUAAGCCACUUUCCCAGAGGAGAUUUGGCAGAGCUAUUCGUCAACACCAUGAAGGGAAAACAGCUCUUUGUAGAUGAGGGAGUCUACACGAGAAACAGGCACUUUCGAAUUUACAAGUCUACCAAGUUGGGAAAAAAUUCUCAUCUAACCGUGAGCGACGAUUCUGAGUACAUCCUCAACUCAACGCACAAGAAUAAAGAAUUGGGAUUAUUCUUAGACUCUUUGAUUUCUUAUUUGCCAAGUACUAAGAAUUUGAUUUUACUUGAAUACCAGGAUAAAAAUUCGAUAGAUGCGAUUAAAUAUUCCAAAGAAUGUCUAAGUCAGCGUCAGGUUUGUGUCAGGACGGAAAAGAAAACAGAAUCACCGUAUCCUGAAAUUGACAAAUUUAUCUUAGACAUUGUGAAACCUGGCAAAAUUCGGGAAGUAAAAGUUAUGAAUGACGACAUACUGUUAUAUACGUUCACAGAUCAUAGGUACUGUGCCAACAUAGGCAGGCCACAUAAAAGCAAUGGCGUGUAUUGGAUUGUUGAUUUGCAUAGCCAAGUAGCAUUCCAAAAGUGCUACGAUUAUGACUGCACCGGCUUUAAAUCUGUGCCUAGAAAAUUACCAGAAAAAAUAUGUUUUGAAUUGGACAAGGAAACUGACAUCCUUCUGUCCUCUAUUCCUGACACUCAAUAUUGCUCUUCGCGUCAGACUGAUAAUGUCGUCAUAUUAGAAGAUGACGCGGAUUCAGAAUUAGCAAAUAUCGACCUACCAGCAUCUAUAACUUAGAAAUUGAUUUUUCUAGCAUAUUCUAAUCAUUGUACACAUAUACACGUAAAAUAUUAAUAUAUUUAAAUAUCAAAUACCUUUUGGCAUUGCUAUGAAAUUGAUAUCAGAAUUUAAGAUUUAUACAAUAUGUUAUUGUACUCUGUACACGGAUUAAAAUAUAGACAUCUUUAUUUUUACACGAGCCAUGCUAUAACAUAAUAAUGCGUCUUUAGAUUAAAUUAAUGAUUUUCAAGAUACAUUUCACAUUAGAUGGCCUUUCUUUUACAACGUUUUUAUUUUUAAAAUGACUCCUAUAGAAGGGUUGAAAAAGUGCAAAAGCUUCGGAUUACAUGGCGCAGUGGCCAUUCACACGAAACGAUUACAUGACCAUAAUUUGAAUAUUCAUUUUCUCU